AUGCUGCCCCUCACGCUAUGGUCCACGCUCCUUCUUUCUCUCUCUUCGCUCACAGCCGCGCAGCAGACCUUCUUCCCCGCCAGCAUCCCGCUCUCCGUCCGCUCGCCAUAUCUCCAGAUCUGGCUCCCGGCCGUGAACGGUAGCACACCUCUCCCGCAAUCAUGGCCCUACUUCUUCGGACAGCAGUCGAUCAUCGGUUGGCUCGGGUUCAUUCGGGUCGAUGGCGUCGCCUUCAGUUUUCUCGGUGCAUCGGCCGUCAGCACCGCGACGGUCACGAAUAUAGAGGUCACCCCCACGCGCUCCCUCUUCGUCAUGACCGCCGGCCCGUUGAACGUCACCGUCACCUUCCUCUCCCCGAUCGAGCCCGACGAUUGGGUCAAGCAGUCACUCCCCUUUUCGUACGUCGCCGUCGAGUUCACCGCGACCGAUGGCAAAGCCCAUGAUGUCCAGUUGUACUCCGACAUUUCUGCCGAGUUGGUCAGUGGUAAUCGCACAGCGAAUGUGAACUGGAACCAAGUCACCACGGCCUCUAGUAUCUAUCAUGAGAUCGAACUGCAGACCCCUCAGGCGAACGUGGAGAUCUUUAAUCAAGCCAACGACGCGAAGGUCUACUACGCCAUUCACACUGUCCCCGGUGCGACAUGGCAAAUCGCUCGAGACACUCGUGGGCAGUUCGUGACGAACGGGGCGCUCACGAAUACGCGCGAUCCAGCGGCCAAUGGGCCCAUAAGCCCGGAUUUUUAUGUGGCGGGGCUCGCAGUGGACCUCGGCAGUGUCCAGUCCAGCAGCAGCCCUGUGGCAUGGACCGUGGGCGUCGUCCGAGAUCCUGUCGUGCAGUACACCACGUUCUUGGGCGAAGUCCAGAACCGGCGACCAUAUUUCUUCACCCAGUAUUCCGACAUCUCGAGCGGGAUCGAUGCAAUGACUGGGGGCUAUUCAGCAGCCCUAGACAAUGCAAAGGCCCUCGAUAGCAGCAUCCUGGCCGCCGCCAACAACAUCUCGCCUCACUAUGCCCAGCUGGUCGCUCAGGGCACUCGCCAAAUUGUUGGUUCGAUGGACAUUACCGUCGGGGUGGAUUCGCAAAACAAGCCGAACGCCUCAGAUGUGCAAAUCUUCGUCAAGGACGUGGGCACGAGUCGGCGCGCCAACCCUGUUGAGAAGCUCUACGCCGCUUGGCCUGGAUACCUCUAUUUGAAUGCUUCUUUCUGCUCGGCGAUGUUGCGGCCUCUGCUUGAGUCACAAGACCCACUUACCGGACAGGCUUUCGCCGCGCCCGAUCUUGGCUCCAACUUUCCUGUUGCCACUGGGGCUCGCGGUGCGCCGAUCGAACAAGGAGUUGAGCAGUCUGGAAACAUGUUGAUUAUGAUGUACUCGCACGCACGUUUCUCUGGUGAUGGUACCCUUCUUGCCCAGCACUACGCCACAGCAAAGCGCUGGGCUGACUACCUGGUGCAGAACGCGCUUACUCCGGUCUCUCAGACAACUGCGGACGGCAUGUCGAGCUCCAACAACUCUAACCUCGCACUCAAGGGCAUUAUCGGCAUCCAGGCAAUGGCAGAGAUCAGCCGUACCGUGGGCAAUGAUGCUGACACCCAGACGUACAGCAAUCAAGCCUCGACUCUCAUCAACGCCUGGCAGUCACUGGCCGUGAUAUCGGGAAAUGCACGAAUUUCCGCGACCUACGGCGAUGCAAACUCCUGGUCGCUCGGGUACAACCUGUACGCUGACCUGCUCAUGGGCACCAAUCUUGUUCCUUCCUCGGUCCGUCAAGAUCAGACCCAAUAUCUCAGUGGUCAGUUGAAUGCUGCCCCGAUGUUUGGCCUGCCUAUCGACAGCGCCUCCGGGCAAACCACGAGCAUGGCCUGGCUUCUCUUCACUGCGGCGACGCUGACGGACAACGGUGUGCGCGACAAACUCACCGACGGAGCGUACGCGCGCGCGAACAGCAACCUCACGAGGAGUUCAUUCAUGGACCACUACAACGAUGCCAAUGGCGCCGUGAUUGACGGAACUGCAGGACCUAGCCUCGGUGGCUUGUACUCACACCUUGCGCUGACUCUGCAGAACAAGUCCAUCAGCCUGACGUCCCCUAGCGGCCCAGGCUCCGACCCUAGCAGUUCCGAUCCGAACGGCCCGAAGAACAGCAACGAAGAUUCAUCCACACCCGUUGGCGCCAUUGUCGGUGGUGUCGUCGGCGGCAUCGUCAUCAUCGCCAUCGCCAUCGGCGCUGCCAUCUACUACCGCCGCACCCAGAACCGCUACGAGCGCUCUCGCGAGGACCUCGACGGCCCCACCGCCGGGCAGGUGGACCAGCCGUAUCCGGUCGGCUACUCCGACGACCCCAACUCCGCCACGUCCGCCACGACCUCCGGAUAUGCAAACGGGCAAAGGCACGGCCACGUCCCGAGGCUGAACUACGGCACCGUGGGGACCGCGGCCACGGCCGGCGCGGCGGACUCGAACUGGCACCUCGUCGACGCGGACACACCGCCAAGGACGCCGCCCCCGCCCCCGCGGCUGACGAAGGCGCAGGAAGCGGGGCUCGCCCCCGUCACGUACCCGCCCCGCCCCAGCCCGCAUCCGAGCGCGCACGACGGGUACCGGCGGGACAGCGUCGGGGAGUCGUCGCACGACCCGUCCGUGUCCGGCUCGCUCGCCCCGUCGGUCGCGCCGUCGAACGCGAUGUCGCUGUCGAUGACCGAGGUCGUGGCGCUCCGCGGGGAGGUGCAGGACCUCCGGCGGGUGAUGCAGGAGAUCGCGGUCGAGCGGCGGAUGGACGCGCCGCCAGAGUACUCGUGA